AAAAGGCAUAACGAUCAUUUUAUAGCUUGUUUCCUUGGGGAAGGAGGUUAGAAUGACUUCUGUGUUAAAGCGGGGACCUAAGAAGGGGAAACCUCAAGGUAAUGUUCAUUGCUGGGUCGAUUCAUGCUAGUUUCGAACUUAAAAUUCUAGUGAAUGUUUGAUUGAAUAAUACUUAUAACCAUGUAGACUUUAAUAUAACGUUAUAUUGAACGCCGUUUAAUAGAAAACCCAACGGAAAAGAAAUGGCUUCAUUCACCAGAUGCUCUACAGCAAGGCUCAGUGGUGUAUUCUGUCAAGGUAUGCUGAAGGUUUUUGUGAAAUUCUGUCAUGAUCCCAUACAGACAAUUCAGAAAAUUAUUCCCACAGCCAUUCAGUUAAUCCUGUGGUUUUGUUGUCGGCGACCACAUGUGGACAAACUUUACCCAAUAUAGCAUAGUCAUUUUAUGGAUCUUUCCAUUCGUGGUAAGUGCUCAAGGGCUUCGCUUUUGUGCCCACCGCUUAUCAGAUGAUUUGCUUCGUUGGUUAUGAUAAAAACAUGUGCGCACUUUCAGCUACUUUUUGGCUAAAUUUCAGCAGUGAAUAUUAAUUCAACCCACAAUUUUUUACAACAGAAAGCAGAUCGAAUUUCCAGUUAUGAAAACAACGUGCUUUAAAUCGUUUGCAAGCAUAAUAUAUUUUCUCACAGUUUUUCUGGCCUGGGAAAAUAGUUUAAAUGACGUAAGUUCAAUUAAUCUUGCCUUCAUACAAAUACAGCAAAUGUUAAUAAUGCGUGAAGACGUUUGAAGGAUAAUCUGUAUCACGAAGCCAAAAAACGAAGCAAAGAAACAUGUACAGUUGACAGAUUCCGUGUAAAUGUAUUUUAUUUUGUUCUAGCUCUUGCAUACGUAAAUGACGUCAAUUAUAUUAAACACUUACUUUGACCUUCACUAUAAUUUAUAUCUCGAAAAUCAUUAUCUAUGGAUUAUGUACUUAAAAUUUUACAUAGCGUGUCAUUCCAUAUUCACUCAGUUGCUUGUUCUAGACCAACUAUCUGUGACAAGAUGAUUUGUCACCAAAGGCUGGUUUUCAUUAACAUCGUAAGUUGAAGUCUGAGUCGGAGUUGUAAUCAGAAGUGUAAGAUUCAACAAUCUAGUGAAAAUGGCAUUCUGAUUCUGCUUACGACUCUGUUGCUCAUGAUCAAGUGAAACAUCGGCUGUUGAAGUCGCAAGCAGAAGCAGAGGAACUAAACCGCUUUUGCUUCUGACUUUCCUUAUAACUCUGAUUUUUGGGAAGAGCUCUUGACACUCCGCAGAUGAUUCCGACUCUGACUCUUUCACUAGUGAAAACUAGCCUUAACAUUCAAUUUUGUGAAUGAAAUCACAACAUUAAAUAACUAAGGCCUGUUUCAAACAUUGUGCUACUGCCGUUCUAAGCUGGCUUGACUUCAGCGUGAGUCCAGCAUGACUGUGGCAUUUGGUCUUUCAGUUUUGAGCAUUUUCGUGGUUGGUUUUUUGGUUUUCCAUUGUGGUUUGUCAUUUUUCCAUGCUGAGAGUAACAUAACUGGUGUACUGAAUGUCCAAGGCUGUGUUUCCGGAAAAACAGUUUUAUACUCGAUCUGUUCAGUUUAUGGAAUGGGGUCUAGUGAGACUAGCAAACAUUCUAGAAUUGUGUGACUAACGACUAAUCUUAAUCUUUUGAGCUGUAUGACACUAAACAUCCAAAAUUGUCAUGCCACUGUUUACUCCAAGAAAGUGAGCAUGUUGAAGCUUGAGUAUGCCAGGUCUUUUGUGUGUCACAACCAUGAGAGAUAGUAAAACGUGCCUCAUACUGGGCUGCUUAUUAUCAUGUGCACCAGUCGAAGGUCUUUUUACCUUAUACUAGAGACUCGAGAGUCGAGCGAAUCAAGUUUUUUAAAUGUGAAAAUCGAGUCUUGUGUUUCGAGAAACCAGCAGUUUUUAUAUUCACCACUCGGAAGGAUUUCGAGAAAAAUAACAAUAUUCAUUCGCAUGUACGGUACAUGCACCGACCAACAGGCCUUACGUGGACAAUUUAAGCAAAGUUUAAGUUUAAGUUUUUGGUGAUAAAAAAGGACCAAUAAAUCGUUGAUGUUGUUGUUGAUAUUUUGAAAAAGAAAUUGAGCAACAAAGCUUUAUUAAUCAGUACAGCGCUUAACAUUGUAUUUGAAUUGGACUCACAAAAAAGUAAAGAAGCGUACAGAGAAAGAAACACGAUUGUUUUUAGAGAAAUUCACUCUGUUUCUUGUUCUUGAAUUGCCACGUCCUUAAAAGAUAGUUCGAGUUAUCCAGGGUAAAGUUGUAUAGAAAUGAUCUGAAGGGAGAUAAAAAUUACUUUGAGUUAGGAGGAAGUUCAAGUUGUCAAGGGUUUGAGUUACUGAGGGUAAAAUUUAAGUAUGAAGGAAAUUCAAGGGAAAUAGAUUUUGGUUCUAGUUAGCGAAAGGUUUGAGUUAACGAGGGUUUGAGUUAUCGGGAGUUGACUGUACUUUGGGCCACAUUGAGUUUGUUUAGGUCUCUGUGUUCUAGUGGCUUAAGCUCUUGCCUUUGAAGUGCUUAAUCAUGGCGUCAAGCCCUAGCCAUGAGAUAACUCUACUUUUACUUACCUUUUUCUUUUUAUGUUUUUCCCCUUUACUUGCUACAUGUAAAUAAACUAAAAUUUUAUUUUUCUUGUAUGUUAUACAGCUCUUUGGGUCUACAGAGGUUGCCCAAGCAAAGGGAACAGAAGUUGUAAGGGAAGCCAUAAAGAAAGUUCGGGUAAAGGAUUGAAAUCAUUAUUUUACUUUUUUGAGUAAAGUUCAGCUGGAUUUAAAAUUAUAGAGAUUAUUUUACCGAAAGUGUGCUGUAUGAUCUUUACAUAUGAGUUGUUGACACAUACAUUGUAUCAGAAAUCAAACAAGCUAUCGCAGCUAAUAAGUGAGAUUCCUGAUACACAAAAACUGACAUUUUAAAUUUUCAGCAAACCAGCGCAAUAUUAUCACAUAGUCAUUCCCAGAGUAUUUUGCAGAUGUAAUUACUUUGAUUCUGCAAGAAAAUUCAAAAUACAACAACAUUGCAGCAUUUGUUUUAGUCAUGUUAUUUUUGGUAGUUUACUCAACAAUAUUGUAACAUUUAGCGGUAUAUUACAACACCAUUUAUACAGGAACAUUUAUACAACAUUGUUUGAAAUUUUUUCCUUUUUUGGCAGUUUGCAAAUCAUAUUAAAAAGAGUGAAGUGGGCGUGAAAGGAAGUAAGCUGAAAAAAGUUGAAAUCAAGAUUUCUAUUGACAACAUAAAGGUUGAAGACAUAAAAACCAAGGUACUGUUUUUAACUUCCACAUGCUUGUUUAUAGUACUUUAUCUGUAGUACUUUGCGUCUUCAUUUGCUUGUUUCACGGCAAGUUCAGGAUACAAAGGAAUGUUUACUUCUGCAGAUAUUCUCCAAGUAGCAGAUGUCAUGCAUCGAAUUGUAUUCUGACUUGCUGUUCUUGCUUUGUUCUUAGGCAGUAGUUCUGCUAUUUCUUCUUUGUGAAACGUGAAAUGUUCCGCCAUUUUCGUUUGGCUCCAGGUUCCUUAUUGUUUGUCAUGUUUUGAAGGAGUUUUGAUUGUCCCAAUUAAUAUAGUUAUUUCUUGAAAGUGUAUUGUGUACAGUGACAGUUUAAUACACAAUGUGGCUUUAAUACAUUUAAGUCUUUAAUCUCUCUUGUCUCCUGUCUUGGUCUGGGUUAUAGUAAGAAACAAACGGUGUAGGAUUGUGAAGCAAACAAAGUUAAAGUCAUUUUUAAAAGAAUUUCAUUUGAAACUUUACUAUGCAAAUGAAUGAUUUAAUAAGAUGACAGGGUUCAAUUAAAUGAGCUUCAUCUUGUAAACAGUAACAUUAAAACUUUUCUUUAUUAUAGGAGGAGCUAUUUUGCUAUCCACUUCAUCGCAUAUCCUACUGUGCUGAUGAUAAACGUGACAAAAAGGUGUUUGCUUUUAUUGCAAAGGAUAGUGGCAUGCCACAACAUUUAUGUUAUGUAUUUGAGUGUGAGAAAAUGGUGAGUGCAGGUGACAAUAACAAUCUUUGAAAAUAUACAUUCAACAGUUUCGAAUGUAUAAUUUUAUUAAUAAUUAAUAAAAUUAUAAAUUCAGAAUUAUUAGUUUUAUUUUUAUAGUGUGACAUUGAAUAUUAUUUACAGGGGGGGGGGGUGUCGUAAGAGAGUGGGAAAUUGUUGACACUUGUGAGGUACACAUAGAAUACUUCAUGGCAAGUACACAUGAGUUACUGACAUAUCAGAAUCAUCGAAUGAGUGAGAUUUCUGUUCCAAAAACAGUGAGUGCAUAAAUCCUUACAGAGCACUUUUCGUGUGGUAUUGUGUUUAUUAUAUACAUUCACACUCUGAGAAACUCUUCAUUUUACCAGCCGUUUAUCUCAGAUUUUUCCAAAAUGGUAAAAUUUGUCACUACACAUCGUAAAAGUAAAAGAGCCGAUUAAAAGCAUACUAACAUGGUAUGACCGAAUAUAAUGCCAAUAUACAUAGAACUUAGCACCUUAGUACUAAGCGUACUAAGGUACUAUUACAGAAUAGUAUGUGCCAUGAUUGGCCUGUUGAAAUGCAAUUGUUCAUUUGGCAAUUAGGUUGAAGAGAAAUUCAAAAUGCAUUUGCAGUAAUUCUAUGAGUACUUUGGGUGCCCAGAACAAGGAUAUUGGUGAUGCUUUGCAGACGUCACUAACUGUGGUUAGAUAACCUCUGCAACACCUAGGCUAGUGCCGUGUAAGCACAUGGUCCAAUACGGAUUCUUUCUUACCUGACUUUUUAUUUUCUUCUAAGGCGGAAGAACUUACAUUAACAGUAGGGCAAGCAUUUGACCUGGCCUAUCGACGGUUUCUUGAAAAGAAAUCCAACAACCAGGAAACAACUAAGAAGCUUUCUGAGAUGGAAGAGAGGAUUAAGACAGCAGAAGAGGAGAAAGAAGCAUUAAAACAAAAGAUCGCUAAACUUGAACUAGCUGCAGGUCAAGGUACGCCGACCAGUAAUGGCAACACCGAGGUAAGCCAUGGUGCCAUAACUUGGCAAAUAUUAAUUUGAUAAAUUUUUGUGGAAUUUGCAGCCAGAUUCAAUGUCUUGUAAAGUUUCCCCCCCCCCCACCCCCAAAAUGGCAACCCCUCCUACCUGAGAUAUAGUUAAUCACCCUUUCAAUUAUUUAUUAAUUAUUAUUAUUAUUAUUAUUAUUAUUAUUAUUAUUAUUAUUAUUAAAAAUGCAUUUGAUUUGAGUGUCAAAGCAUUUAGAAGGAAGGUACUAAGGAUUGGGGACACUGUUUUACAUCUCCAACUGUAUGUGGUCAUCCAAGCCACAUAAAGGUCUAGCCCCUUGCAGGGCAAAGGGAGUAAAUACUUAGUGCAAGUAUGCAUCUGUCACUCGAAUCUGUGUCCAGACAUAGAUUUGCCAAAUUAAAUAUUUUAUUUUAUUGGUAGGUACAGCUACUGAAUUACAUUUGCAUUUGAUUAGCACAUUUUGAAUAUUCAUAAUGAUUUCUCUAGUUUGAACUCAAUUCUUUGAAAAUCUUCUUCUUCAAGAACGCUAAUAACUUAUUAUUGAUCUUGAAAAUGAACGCAUUAAUUAGCAUAGCAGUGGUGUACAUACAAUUCAGAAAAAAAGAUAUAACUUUUUACAGUAGUAGUCACAAACAACAAAUACAUUAUAUUAUUUUGCUCUUACAGUAUAUUUCAAUUUUGGAGGUAAGUCAAACUAGGGGUUGUUUUGAUGCCAUUUGUGCCAUAAGGGAUGGUGUGGAACCUAAUUCAGAAGUUUUCUUUCUAAUAAUCUGAUUGUAAUUUUUAUAGGUCAGCCGUGGCCAGUCAAUCACAGAUGAGUUUGAUCUCUUGGGAGGUUUUGGAGGCCUUUCAACCACAUCAGGUUCACCAACUCAAAAUUCAGCACCACAGGAUGAGACUAGUCAAGAGAUAACCUUUGACCCUUUUGCUCAGAAUCCUUCACCACAACCAGCUCAGAAAAGAACUCCAUCAGAAUCAUCUGCACCUUUAUCUCCUGACUUCAAUGAAUUUUCCCCCCAGCCCAUGUUAUUUGAAGCUCCUGAUUUUUGGGAAGAGCUCUUGACACUCCGCAGAUGAUUCCGACUCUGACUCUUUCACUAGUGAAAACUAGCCUUAACAUUCAAUUUUGUGAAUGAAAUCACAACAUUAAAUAACUAAGGCCUGUUUCAAACGUUGUGCUACUGCCGUUCUAAGCUGGCUUGACUUCAGCAUGAGUCCAGCAUGACUGUGGCAUUUGGUCUUUCGGUUUUGGCCAUUUUCUUGGUUGGUUUUUUGGUUUUCCAUUGUGGUUUGCCGUUUUUCCAUGCUGAGAGUAACAUCACUGGUGUACUAAAUGUCCAAGGCUGUGUUUCCGGAAAAACAGUUUUAUACUCGAUCUGUUCAGUUUAUGGAAUGGGGUCUAGUGAGACUAGCAAACAUUCUAGAAUUGUGUGACUAACGAGAUCUUAAUCUUUUGAGCUGUAUGACACUAAACGUCCAAAAUUGUCAUGCCACUGUUUACUCCAAGAAAGUGAGCAUGUUGAAGCUUGAGUAUGCCAGGUCUUUUGUGUGUCACAACCAUGAGAGAUAGUAAAACGUGCCUCAUACCGGGCUGCAUAUUAUCAUGUGCACAAGUCGAAGAUCUUUUUACCUUAUACUAGAGACUCGAGACUCGAACGAAUCAAGUUUUGAAAUGUGAAAAUCAAGUCUUGUGUUUCGAGAAACCAGCAGUUUUUAUAUUCACCACUCGGAAGGAUUUCGAGAAAAAUAACAAUAUUCAUUCGCAUGUACGGUACAUGCACCGACCAACAGGCCUUGCGUGGACAAUUUAAGCAAAGUUUAAGUUUAAGUUUUUGGUGAUAAAAAAGGACCAAUAAAUCAUUCUCUAUCUUGAAGGUUGGAAAAUUGACUCAGUAUAAUACAAUUAUUAUUGUAUCAGGUCUUUCUUUUGAACUAAAAAACUGUUUUUAUAUUUGUGAAGGUAUGUUUCUAUGUGCGUUGUGCAGCUUCAAUUCAGGGGCAACAAGAGAUAUGUUGAUAUUUUGAAAAAGAAAUUGAGCAACAAAGCUUGAUUAAUCAGUACAGCGCUCAACAUUGUAUUUGAAUUGGACUCACAAAAAAGUAAAGAAGUGUACAGAGAAAGAAACACGAUUGUUUUUAGAGAAAUUCACUCUGUUUCUUGUUCUUGAAUUGCCACAUCCUUAAAAGAUAGUUCGAGUUAUCCAGGGUAAAGUUGUAUAGAAAUGAUCUGAAGGGAGAUAAAAAUUACUUUGAGUUAGGAGGAAGUUCAAAUUGUCAAGGGUUUGAGUUACUGAGGGUAAAAUUACAGUAAUUUAAGUAUGAAGUAAAUUCAAGGGAAAUAGAUUUUGGUUCUAGUUAGCGCAAGGUUUGAGUUAACAAGGGUUUGAGUUAUUGGGAGUUGACUGUACUUUGGGCCACAUUCAGUGUGUUUAGGUCUCUGUGUUCUAGUUGCUUAAGCUCUUGCCUUUGAAGUGCUUAAUCAUGGCGUCAAGCCCUAGCCAUGAGAUAACUCUACUUUUUGCUUACCUUUUCCUUUUUAUGUUUUUCCCCUUUACUUGCUACAUGUAAAUAAACUAAAAUUUUAUUUUUCUUGUAUGUUAUACAGCUCUUUGGGUCUACAGAGGUUGCCCAGGCAAAGGGAACAGAAGUUGUAAGGGAAGCCAUAAAGAAAGUUCGGGUAAAGGAUUAAAAUCAUUAUUUUACUUUUUUUUUCAGUAAAGUUAAGCUGGAUUUAAAAUUAUAUAGAUUACUUUACCAAAAGUGUGCUGUAUGAUCUUUACAUAUGAGUUGUUCACACACACAUUGUAUCAGAAAUCAAACAAGCUAGCGCAGCUAAUAUGUGAGAUUUCUGAUACACAAAAACUGACAUUUUAAAUUUUCAGCAAACCAGCGCAAUAUUAUCACAUAGUCAUUCCCAGAGUAUUUUGCAGAUUUAAUUACUUUGAUUCUGCGAUAAAAUUCAAAAUACAACAACAUUGCAGCAUUUGUUUUAGUCAUGUUAUUUUUGGUAGUUUACUCAACAAUAUUGUAACAUUUAGCGGUAUAUUACAACACCAUUUAUACAGGAACAUUUAUUCAACAUUGUUUUAAAUUUUUUCCUUUUUUGGCAGUUUGCAAAUCAUAUUAAAAAGAGUGAAGUGGGUGUGAAAGGAAGUAAGCUGAAAAAAGUUGAGAUCAAGAUUUCUAUUGACAACAUAAAGGUUGAAGACAUAAAAACCAAGGUACUGUUUUUAACUUCCACAUGCUUGUUUAUAGUGCUGAUUACCACGAUUGAUGUUAAGUUUGCGUCUUCAUUUGCUAGUUUCACGGCAAGUUUGGGAUAUAAAGGAAUGUUUAGUCCUGCAGAUAUUCUCCAAAUAGCAGAUGUCAUGCGUAGAAUUGUAUUCUGACUUGCUGUUCUUGUUUUGUUCUUAGGCAGAAGUUCUGCUAUUUCUUCUUUGUGAAACGUGAAAUGUUCCGCCAUAUUUUCAUUUCUUAUUCCUUAUCGUUCCUCAUCGUUUGUCAUGUUUUGAAGGAGUUUUGAUUGUCCCAGUUAAUAUAGUUAUUUCUUGAAAGUGUAUUGUGUACAGUGACAGUUUAAUACACAAUGUGGCUUUAAUACAUUUAAGUCCUUAAUCUCUCUUGUCUCCUUGUCUUGGCCUGGGUUAUAGUAAGAAACAAACAGUGUAGGAUUGUAAAGCAAACAAAGUUAUAGUCAUUUUUAAAAGAAUUGCAUUUCAACCUUUACUAUGCAAAUGAAUGAUUUAAUAAGAUGACAGGAUUUCAAUUAAAUGAGCUUCAUCUUGUAAACAGUAACAUUAAAACUUUUCUUUAUUAUAGGAGGAGCUAUUUUGCUAUCCACUUCAUCGCAUAUCCUACUGCGCUGAUGAUAAACGUGACAAAAAGGUGUUUGCUUUUAUUGCGAAGGAUAGUGGCAUGCCACAGCAUUUAUGUUACGUAUUUGAGUGUGAGAAAAUGGUGAGUGCAGUUGACAAUAACAAUCUUUGAAAAUACAGUCGAACCCCGCUAUUUCGAACUCGUUAAUUCGAAGUCCCAACCAUUUCGAAGGAAGAUCGAAUGCCCUUGGAUUUACCCUUCCCCUUUAUGCUUCCCCGGUUAUUUCGAAACCCCGCUAUUUCGAACUUUUUUCCAUUUCCCUUGGGACUUCGAAAUAGCGAGGUUCGACUGUAUACAUUCAACAAUUUUGAAUUUAUAAUUUUAUUAAUUAGUUUUAGUUUGAUAGUGUGACAUUGAAUAUUAUUUACGGGGGGGGGGGGGGGUGUCGUAAGAGAGUGGGAAAUUGUUGACACUUGUGAGGUACACAUAGAAUACUUCAUGGCAAGUGCACAUGAGUUACUGACAUAUCAGAAUCAUCGAAUGAGUGAAAUUUCUGGUCCAAAAACAGUGAGUGCAUAAAUCCGUACAGAGCACUUUUCCUGUGGUAUUGUGUUUAUUAUAUACAUUCACACACUGAUAAACUCUCCAUUUUAGCAGCCGUUUAUCUCAGAUUUUUCCAAAAUGGUAAAAUUUAUCACUACACAUCGUGAAAGUAAAAGAGCCGAUUAAAAGCAUAGUAACAUGGUAUGACCGAAUAUAAUGCCAACAUACAUAGAACUUAGCAUCUGAGUACUAAGCGUACUAAGGUACUAUGACAGAAUAGUAUGUGCCAUGAUUGGCCUGUUGAAAUGCAAUUGUUCAUUUGGCAAUUAGGUUGAAGAGAAAUUCAAAAUGCAUUUGCAGUAAUUCUAUGAGUACUUUGGAUGUCCAGAACAAGGAUAUUGGCGCUGCUUUGCAGACGUCACUCACUGUGGUUAGAUAACCUCUGCGACACCUAGGCUAGUGCAGUGUAAGCACAUGGUCCAAUAUGGAUUCUUUCUUACCGGACUUUUUAUUUUCUUCUAAGGCGGAAGAACUUACAUUAACAGUAGGGCAAGCAUUUGACCUGGCCUAUCGACGGUUUCUUGAAAAGAAAUCCAACAACCAAGAAACAACUAAGAAGCUUUCUGAGAUGGAAGAGAGGAUUAAGACAGCAGAAGAGGAGAAAGAAGCAUUAAAACAAAAGAUUGCUAAACUUGAACUAGCUGCAGGUCAAGGUACGCCCACCAGUAAUGGCAACACCGAGGUAAGCCAUGGUGCCAUAAAUUGGCCAAUAUUAAAAGUGAUAAGUUUUUGUGGAUUUAGUAGCCAGAUUCAAUGUCUUGUAAAGUUUCCCCCCCCCCCACCCCCAUUAUGGCAACCCCCUCCUACCCAAGAUAUAGUUAAUCACCCUUUCAAUUAUUUAUUAUUAUUAUUAUCAUUAUUAUUAUUAUUAUUGUUAAAGAUGCACUUGAUUCGAGUGUCAAAGCAUUUAGUAGGAAAGUACUAACGAUUGGGGACACUAUUUUACAUCUCCAACUGUAUGUGGUCAAGUAUGCAUCUGUCACUCAAAUCUGUCUCCAGACAUAGAUUUGCCAAAUUAAAUAUUUUAUUUUAUUGGAAGGUAAAGCUACUGAAUUACAUUUGCAUUUAAAUUAGCACAUUUUGAAUAUUCAUAAUGAUUUCUCUAGUUUGAACUCAAUUCUUCGAAAAUCUUCCAUUUCAAGAACGCUAAUAACUUAUUAUUGAUCUUGAAAAUGAACACAUUAAUUAGCAUAGCAGUGGUGUACAUACAAUUCAUAGUUUUAGAGUUAAUCUUAAAGAAAUAACUUUUUUCAGUAGUAGUCACAAACAACAAAUACAUUAUAUUAUUUUGCCAUUACAAUAUAUUUCAAUAUUGGAGGUAAGUCAAACUUCGGGUUGUUAUGAUGCCAUUUGUGCCAUAAGGGAUGGUGUGAGACCUAAUUCAGAAGUUUUUCUUAUUAAUCUGUUAUUUUUAUAGGUCAGCCGUGGCCAGUCAAUCACAGAUGAGUUUGAUCUCUUGGGAGGUUUUGGAGGCCUUUCAACCACAUCAGGUUCACCAACUCAAAAUUCAGCACCACAGGAUGACACUAGUCAAGAGAUAACCUUUGACCCUUUUGCUCAGAAUCCUUCACCACAACCAGCUCAGAAAAGAACUCCAUCAGAAUCAUCUGCACCUUUAUCUCCUGACUUCAAUGAAUUUUCCCCCCAGCCCAUGUUAUUUGAAGCUCCAGUUUCCAGGCCGACACCCAAGGGUCCAAUACCUCAAGCCCUUCCCCCUCCUCCCACAAAACAGAGUGUAAAAGCAGCAAAUAGAUCAAAACAAGGUGGUGGUGUUCUUCCAAAUGUAGCAUCUCCGACGCACCCAACAUCCCCUGCGUCACCAACUUCACCAGCCUCUUUGCCUUCACCUUCACAUGGUAACAAUUAAAUUUUCUUUUAUAGUCUAGCCAGAUCAUGCAUACCCCUUAAGAUUUUAUUAAUGGAACGAUUAGUAAGAGUUGGAUGCAUUAGUUGUAGAUUUCAGAUUCAUCCCUGCAUUCCUGCAUGAGCCAGGGACUGUGGAGCUAUGGGUUUGGGUGGGCACCAAUAAUUUUGGGGGGAAUUUUUUUUUCAUUGACAAAAAUUUUAAAAACCUUAAUUCAGGUGUCCCCUAUUUCAAGAAGGAUUUUGCUUAUGCUAGUCAAAAUACAUUAUUUGACUCUCUCAUAAGGUUGACUCAUUUAAUAAUAACUCUUUCUCAAUGUAUGGUUUUCAAUGUUUUUUACCAUUAAGCUCUGCUUUUGAUGGGUGUUAUUGGGGUCAAGCCUGAAUUUUUGUUAGUUUUCAACCAUCUUGAAACAGUUCAUUACAUACAACACUGUGUGCAGGGCAUCUAUUCUUAAGCUACCGUAUGUUGGCUAACUGUGCUGUCUCAUUUUUAUCAGAGUUGUUACAAAUAGGGAACAGUAAUGCAUACAAUGGUGGAAACCCUUUUUCCAUUGGUGUUAAUGGCACAGAUCCCUCAGAACAUGUGUUUGAUCCCUUGGCUUUAAAGAAUUCAUAUCUGGGCAGUGAUAAAGAGAUCAAUCAAAAUUCAAUAAAGGUUUGUUUUUCAUGCUUUGCUAAAAUUACAUUGAGUGUAGUUUGAUGUGUUGAUUAAAAACACUUUGCAGCUAGAACCAAAAUUUUAAACCAAGAAGGCUAAUAAUCUAGGAAGAAUGUAAGCAUUGACCGCUUGGGAAACAAUGAGCUUUGCUUUCACUAGACCCUCAAUGAGGCCCUCAUAGGGAGAUUACGUAUGUCCCUAGUCUGAAUUUCAAAACCUGUCAUUUUGCAUAUUGAGUCCCAAGGGAGCCAUGUCGCUAUCAUUGUUUUACUGUUGUUUAUGCACUUUUCUUUGUCACUGUCACAGUUUCGUUUGAUGUCAUUCCUGCUGUCCUUUGUCGCUGUUUUAAGGCCAUGUUGCUAGUCGGAAUUUUACCCUAUCAGGGCCUCCUCAAUGUUGUCUGGGAAAUAAAUCUUACUAUUUCCUGUGGGGUCAGUCAUCAAGUAUUUUAUUUAUACCUCCGAAGUAAAAGGGGAAAAAAAUCAGCAAACCAAAUAUAAUUUCAUUGUUGGCAGAAAAGGGGCAAAAUUGGCACUUCAAGUUUGCCACAGUUUCUAUCUCACAAUCUGA